AUGGUCAACAUCACCAAGGCAUCUGCUAUUGCGUUCCUCAAGUCAAUUGUGUGCCGGUUCAGGGUCCCGAACCGAAUCAUCACCGACAAUGGGACCCAGUUCAAGAGCCAGCACUUUCAAGAGUACUACGAGGACAUCGGCAUCCAGCUCUGCUUCACUUCUAUGGCACACCCCAAAACCAAUGGCCAAGUAGAGUGGGCUAAUGCUGAGAUACUCAGGGGGCUCAAGAUCCGUACCUACAAGGAUCUUGAAAAGCAUGGUGCGAAAUGGGUUGACCAGCUUCCGAGCGUACUAUGGGAGAACCGGACCACACCCCGCCGAGCGACCGGGGAGACCCCUUUUCUUCCUGGUCUACGGGGCCGAAACAUGCCUUCCCUCGGAGAUCGCUGUGGGCUCGCUAUGAGUCCAAGCUUUCGAUGA